UGGGUUGUCUGAGCAAUGUGAGUGUGGCUAUUAGAUUUAGAUCUGAAAGUUGCUGUGGGGUCUACUUUGUUAAUGUGAAGCUUUCAUUACUUUCUGUGCUUUCCUUGCUUCUGAAGAUUUCAUUGAAUUAACAGCUUAGUUUGGUGCCGUUUGUGAUUCAAGAAUGGCUCAAGAAGCUUCAAAUGGAAAUCACAACGCCGCUAAACCACCUCCAACUCCAUCUCCCUUGAGAUUCUCAAAAUUUUUCCAGUCUAACAUGAGGAUUCUGGUUACUGGAGGAGCUGGAUUCAUUGGCUCUCACCUAGUGGACAAGUUGAUGGAAAAUGAGAAGAAUGAGGUGAUUGUUGCUGAUAACUACUUCACUGGCUCAAAGGACAACCUAAAGAAAUGGAUAGGUCACCCAAGAUUUGAGCUUAUUCGUCAUGAUGUCACAGAGCCAUUGUUGAUUGAGGUUGAUCAAAUAUACCAUCUUGCUUGUCCAGCUUCUCCAAUUUUCUACAAAUACAAUCCUGUAAAGACUAUAAAGACAAAUGUGAUUGGUACAUUGAAUAUGUUGGGACUUGCCAAGCGAGUUGGAGCAAGGAUUUUGCUUACUUCAACUUCAGAGGUUUAUGGAGACCCUCUUGUGCAUCCCCAAGUGGAGAGUUAUUGGGGAAAUGUCAACCCAAUUGGGGUCAGGAGUUGCUAUGAUGAGGGAAAACGAGUUGCCGAAACUUUGAUGUUUGAUUACCAUCGGCAGCAUGGGAUAGAGAUUCGGAUCGCUAGGAUUUUCAACACCUAUGGACCCCGCAUGAAUAUUGAUGAUGGCCGUGUUGUCAGUAAUUUUAUAGCUCAAGCAGUCCGUGGUGAGCCCUUGACUGUUCAAGCACCUGGAACUCAGACUCGGAGUUUCUGCUAUGUUUCAGAUAUGGUGGAUGGCCUUAUUCGGCUUAUGGAAGGAGAGAACACUGGACCAAUCAACAUUGGGAAUCCAGGUGAAUUUACAAUGCUUGAACUUGCGGAGACUGUUAAGGAGCUUAUCAAUCCUUCUGUGGAGAUCAACAUGGUAGAAAACACCCCAGAUGAUCCUCGCCAGAGAAAGCCCGACAUCACGAAAGCCAAAGAGUUGCUUGGAUGGGAACCAAAGAUCAAGCUGCGUGAUGGCCUUCCCCUUAUGGAGGAUGAUUUUCGGCUGAGGCUGGGUGUCGGUGUUGCCAAAAAGAGCUGAACUUCGCUAAAGUAUAAAUAUUACAGGCGGGCUUAUAUUCCGUCAAAAUCUGAACUCGAGUUCUGGACUCCUGAGAG